UCUUCCUUUCUCUAUCUAAAUUCUAAAACCCCCUCUUUCUCUCUUUCUUAUCUCCGCGGGACUAGAACCUUCUCUCUGCAAUGGCGGCCUCCGCCAUGGUCGUGGAUGCCAACGCCUCCCCCCGGCCGUCUGGCCCACCACCGAGCUUCCCGGCCGUGAGCCCCGACGUCUUCAACUCCGUCGACGAGGACGAGGACCUCUACGGCCGCCUCAAGUCCCUCCAGCGCCAGAUCGAGUUCGUCGACAUCCAGGAGGAGUACGUCAAGGACGAGCAGAAGAAUCUUAAGCGCGAGCUCCUCCGCGCCCAGGAGGAGGUCAAGCGGAUCCAGUCCGUCCCCCUCGUAAUUGGCCAGUUCAUGGAGAUGGUCGAUCAGAACAACGGCAUCGUCGGCUCGACCACCGGAUCCAACUACUAUGUUCGAAUCUUGAGCACCAUCAACCGUGAGCUUCUCAAACCCUCCGCCUCCGUCGCCCUCCACCGCCACUCCAACGCCCUUGUCGAUGUGCUCCCGCCCGAGGCCGACUCUAGCAUCUCCCUCCUCAGCCAGUCCGAGAAGCCGGACGUCACCUACAACGAUAUUGGGGGUUGCGAUAUUCAGAAGCAGGAAAUUCGUGAAGCUGUUGAGUUACCUCUGACACAUCAUGAGUUAUACAAACAGAUUGGUAUAGAUCCUCCAAGAGGCGUUCUUCUCUAUGGCCCUCCUGGUACUGGUAAAACCAUGCUUGCCAAGGCUGUUGCUAAUCAUACAACUGCUGCUUUUAUUAGAGUUGUUGGGUCAGAAUUUGUUCAGAAGUAUUUGGGUGAGGGUCCACGGAUGGUUCGGGAUGUUUUCCGACUUGCCAAAGAGAAUGCCCCUGCAAUCAUAUUUAUUGAUGAGGUUGAUGCUAUUGCUACAGCACGUUUUGAUGCUCAAACUGGGGCUGACAGGGAAGUGCAGCGUAUCCUCAUGGAACUCUUGAAUCAGAUGGAUGGCUUUGAUCAAACAGUGAACGUAAAGGUUAUAAUGGCAACUAAUCGAGCAGACACCUUAGAUCCUGCUCUUUUGCGCCCAGGUAGACUUGAUCGGAAAAUUGAAUUUCCUUUGCCUGACAGACGGCAAAAGAGGCUAGUUUUUCAAGUCUGCACUGCUAAAAUGAAUCUCGGUGAUGAGGUUGACUUGGAAGACUAUGUUUCUCGACCAGAUAAAAUUAGUGCUGCGGAGAUUGCUGCCAUCUGCCAGGAGGCAGGUAUGCAUGCUGUUCGCAAGAACCGUUAUGUGAUUCUUCCCAAGGACUUUGAGAAAGGCUACCGGACCAAUGUAAAGAAACCAGACACAGAUUUUGAUUUCUACAAAUGAGGAGCCAAAUUACCAAAAGACGCUGGGUUCCGGAUCUGUAAUGGUGCUGAUACUGUUUAACACUGGGGAAAGGAGUCUCUGUUUUAGGUCUUAGGACAGAUUUCUACUUCUGUAACUUGAAGUUUCAUAUAUUACUUAUCCUGGCUGUGGAUGUUUCGGAUUUGUGGGCUCCAGAUAUAAUUGGGGGAAAAACUUAUCUUCGGGCUUCAAAUAGGGUCUGUAGCCUUGUUUUCAAAGGCAAUUAGAAUUUCCAAGAACUAUAAGGCUGAAGUGGUUGAUUAGUUCCUGCAGGUUGACUUUGAGGGAAAUGACUUGAGCAGUCUGAUUAUUUUUUCAUUAAAUGCUCAUUGUUGGCUUGAUCGAA